UAUAACAAAGUAUUCAGUUUAAUAUAUAUUAUACACUAUAAUUCCUUAGUACACGGUUAAAUAUCACUGAGAAAAUGGCAACUCCUUUAGUUGAUGUUUAUGUGAAAUUACCGACAGGUCGUACUUCAGUUUUGAAAUUAUUACCCACGGAACAAGUAAAAAGAAUUAUUGAACAGAUUGCAAAAGAAGAAGAAAUUAUCCCCGGGAGAGUAAGAGUGAAGUACCAAGGAAAAUUUCUUGAUAAAUCUAAAACAAUCGGAUUCCUCGGAAUUUGUCCAGAAACUAUACUGAAAGCAGAGUUCGUAAUUCCAAGAGAUAUCAAAGUGUAUGCUAAAGUAGUUGGAGGAGGUUCCGCGCCAGUGGAUAUACAGAACAUUAGUACAUUAGAAGAUUUUAAAUCUGUGGUUGAACGACUAGAGAUUGUUUCUCCUAAAACAGUGAAGUCCUUCAAAAUCUCAGGCACUGUUUAUCGUCCAUGUAACACACCACUAUAUGAAACAAGUAUUAGAGAGGAAAGUGUUAUAGAAGUGACUUUCGGUGACAAAGCAGAAGAUAGAACAGAAUCAGACCCAGCUCAAGAUACAGAUCCCAAAGCUAUAGAUGAUGAUUUGAAAGAUGCCGUCCUCUCAAGUUUCGAGACAAAUGGAAAGAAUGUAGAAGUUGUGUUUUGUUUUGACACAACUGGCAGCAUGAGUCAAUAUCUUGGGAGUGUGAGGACAAAAUUAAAAGAAACAUGUCAACGGCUUUUAAGAGACAUACCAAAUAUAAAAAUUGGAAUUAUGGCCCACGGUGAUUAUUGUGAUUAUGAUAACUACGUCAUCAAGAUUCAGGACCUAACAACAGACGUUCAACAGCUGGUUGACUUUGCUUCCAGUACCCCAUCAACAGGUGGAGGCGAUUCACCCGAGUGUUAUGAGUGGGCAUUACACAAAGCUCAACAGCUGGACUGGUCAGAAGAUUCCGCCAAAGCUUUGGUAGUUAUUGGAGAUUGCGAACCACAUCCACCAUCUUAUACAGACCAGAACAUCAACUGGCACACAGAACUAGAUGUCUUAAAGGGGAUGGGAGUUAAGGUUUAUGGUGUAUUUUGCAAUAGUGGAGAAGGAAACGCCAAGAAGUUUUAUGAAGAGUUAGCAGACCGUACUGGCGGAUGCCUUCUUAGAUUAGCUAACUUCAGUUUAAUUACAGAAAUGUUUCUUGGAGUGUGUUACAAGGAGUCGAACCAGGAACAGUUAGAGGCAUUCACUGAAGAAUUAAAACAAGAAGGUAAACUAACAGAAGAAACCGAAGUUCUCAUGAAACAACUGGAAAAUACGAAACCAUCAGAAGAAAGUAAAGUGGAGGACACGCCCAGUUAUUUGAAAAAGUUCAACUUUAGUUGGUGGAACUUUGAACAGGACCAUACGAUUAUACCACAGUAUAUUUACAACUCUGAAACUGACAAAUGGAAACAAUACAACAAUCCAACACAAAAGCAAACGUCGACAUAUAUAUAUAUCCCUGGUUUAACCCCUUCUCCGUCUUCGUCAGCAGGAGACAAACAUUCGCCAAUCAGUGGCAACUACGUAAGCAAACAUCGAAAAAGCAGUCGUAAAGGACGUGGAUGUAAUGUUAUGUGAACAAUGUCAGUGUCUAAUAAAUGCACUAAAACUGUUAUAAAGAAAGAGGAUAUUCUAGUUUGAGGACAUUCUUCAUAAAAAGCAUCAAAAUGUUUGACAGGAUCCCUAUGAACAAGCAUGCCCAGUGUCCUUUGAACCUCUCGUAAUAUAAGCUUUCAGCUGGCAAGACAGACUAUCAUACAUACAUAUGUCAAAUUCGACAUGCCAUACAUCAUUACAAAACAUUUUCAUCGAAGAGGGUCAAUAUAUCAGCUAUAAGCCGUAGAGGUGAGCGAGUGAGAGAAGGAUAAUUCAAUUUGUGUUUGGACUGAUAUACUAUGUAUACUUGUUAAACAAUAAAUAAAGAUAUAUAACUGA